AUGGCUCCCCGUCCUGGCAUUCCCCUCGACCUCGAGCGGCCUGGAACUCAGGAGAUUGGAGGCAUGGCGCCGGCAGAAGGGAAGCCCUGGUGCAAGCUCUGCAACAGGAGCUUCCCUUCAUAUAAUUCACUCGGAGGCCACAUGAACCUCCACAGCACUAGGCGCAAGAAGAAGAAGAAGAAGCCGCGGCCGAUGAGCCCGAGAGAGUCUCCGAUCACUGGUGCCUCCGGCAGGUAUGGUUUCCGGGAGAGGCAGCAGAGGCAGGUGGCGGUGUGCCUGUCGGAUUCCACUUCAAGCGACGAUGAGCCAUGGACGUUGGCCCCCAAGACUGAAUGCCAGCUGUGCUUCAGAGUCUUUCACUCCUUCCAUGGGCUGUCGAUGCACAUGAAGGCGCAUGCCCACCACCAUGGGAGGAAGAUGGUGAUGUUGGAGCACAAGGCAUCAAGAAAGCUUUGUGCCUGGAGCAGUGCCGAUGGUGACAAUGAUUUCACUGCUGUGUGCUAUGCUCCUGCCAAGAAACCGAGGUCGAGGAGGAUCCGCAUGGACAUGUUUCCUGCUCCAGUGAUGAUGACACAUGGGGCAGAGGCGGUGGAUGCUGCGCGCGUUCUUCUGAUGCUUUCAGAAGAUGCUGAUAAGUACUCAGCUUCUAAUAAUGAUCUUGAGGUGAAUGGAGUCUUGGAGUACAGUUUGCAGAAGACUGAGAUUGGGCUGAGUUGUUAUCGUCCUGGUGUACUUGAGGGUAGUGAGCUGAUGAAGCAAGAAAUUUCAAGUUCUGAUGAUGAGGAGACCAAGUUUGGCAGUCUUUCAGAUGUGUUGAAGGCAACUGCUACACAUGAUUGCAGGCUCUGUGGCAAGGUCUUCGCAACUGGGUUCGCGUUAGGAGGCCACAUGAGUUCCCAUAGUGCUUCUGCCCACGAAAAUGCUGCAACAUUUCACAAAACUGCUGUGCAUCCAAAAAGAAAACAGCUUGAAGUGGAUAAUGAGCUGCAUGAACUCAACCUUCCAGCACUUGGUAACUGGGAUUGUAGCAGUACAAGAACAGAGUCUGAACUGAACCCAUGGCUGGUUGCAGGCAGCCUCCAGAGUGAGCGAAUGAUGGGUGUUGUCUGAGUUUGUACAGUUUCUGCAUCAAGUGAGGUGGCAGCAACUGCAUUUUGAUUACUAAUAGAUAGUUAAAGAAUAUGAUACCACCAAUGCUGUUUUUACAUUCACUUUGCAAAACUAGUGUUUAGAAUUAACUGCCUUUUUUUUUUUACAAACACUGAAUCUGUGACAUGCUUCUGUUGGGAGUGUAGAAUGUGGUUG